GAGAAGACGAGAAGGAAAACAGGAGAUUACAACAGAUAUGUGGAUUUAACUCGCAAUAACAGUAAACACACAAGACAUCACAAGAAACAUGGACGGCUUCAAGCUGAUGAGGGAGCUGCAGAUGAAUUACGAACAGGAGGCUUAUUAUCUGCCUAAAGAGACGGGCCUGAGCCUCAUUGAAACCACAGCACAGGAUGACAGUCGGAUCUCGGCCAAGUGCAGAGAUGCCCAAGUGGAGGACCUGUGGAGUCUGACCAGCUUCUUCGGUUACAGCACGCAGACCUUCGUCCUGGCUGUAAACCUGCUGGACAGAUUCCUGGCCAUGAUGAGGAUCCAGCCGAAGCACCUGUCCUGCGUCAGCCUCAGCUGCCUCAACAUGGCGGCCAAAGUGACGGAGGAGGAGUGCAACCUCACGCCCACCGACGAGCUCAUCCGCAUCGGACAGUGCCGGUUCACCGUGUCCGACCUGAGCCGCAUGGAGAAGAUCGUCGCCGAGAAGCUCGAAUUCAAGUCCAAAGCCAUCACUGCCUUAACCUUCCUCCACCUUUACCACCAGAUCGCACUUACACACUCCAUGGACAGGAAGGAGACUCUGAGCCUGGAGAAGCUGGAGGCUCAGCUCAAAGCCUGCCUGUGCCGGAUCUCCUUCUCUAAAGCUAAGCCAUCCGUCCUCGCCUUGUCUCUCCUGAGGCAGGAGAUCCAAGCAGUGCAGUCUGAGGACAUGUUGGAGAUAGCCUAUCACAUUCAGAGACACCUGAAGAUUGCAGACGGCGAGCUGCGGCUGUGGAGCGAGCGUGUCGCUCAGUGUCUGUCAGACUACGCCUCCCCCGAAUGCAGUAAACCCAACCACAAGAGGUUGCAGUGGAUCGUGUCGCGGCGGACCGCCCAGAACUUGCACCACAGCUACCGAAGCAUCCCCGAGCUACCCACCAUCCCAGAGGGAUGCUGGGACGAGAGCGAAAGUGAGGAUUCCUGCGAGGAUGUGAUGAGCUCAGGCGAGGAGUCUCUCAGCAGCUCUCUGGGCAGCGACGCAGAAGGCCCCUAUUUCCCUCAGCACAUGUGUCGCCAAAAACACCAUCUACGCCAACACCUCGACGCCUGACGCCGCCCCACCCCACGUGCCUCUUCAUCUCCACCCUCCCUUCACCCUUUUUUUAAUUUAUUGUUUAAUAAGCUCCGGUGCUGGUGGAGAAUCGCACAAACAACUGGCAGCUGAGCGAACUCUUCUUUUUGGUAGAUUUGUUAGAUUUUUUUUUUCUCGAGCUCGUAGACGUGUUGGUGCAUGUUUGAGACGUCACAUUCCAGGAUACGCGAGUUAAACGUUUGGCGUCCGGUCUUCAAGGUGCUGAGCUAGCGGAGGCCGCAGUCGGCUAAAAAAAAGUUCUCAAAGCUCUGAUGUCACAUAAGACCAGAAGAUGAUUUGCCAAAACAUGUGGUGUUUAAUUAGUAGAAGGUUAUUGACUGUUAUUAACUAAGACUGUUUUUUAUUGAGGAUGAGGAGUUUUACUGUUUUGUACGGAAGGUGAGAGCUGCCCUGUCAUUCGGUUUCAGACUCAUAAUUUAAGACUUAAUUUAAUAAUUUUAAUGUAUUAGUUUCUCAUAAUGAACUUGAAUUGCUUUUAUUUUUAUUAUUCAUAGAAGGUAUAUAACUGAGGAAACAAUUUCAUGUUCCAGAUAUUAGCCUCCAUGUUGCUAUUUAAGGCACCAGAGCUUCUUAAGGUAGUCCUGAAUGUUAAAUUGAACCUGAUCAGAUUUGACAGGGAUUAGAUUUACUAUCAGUCAUAUUUUGCCAUCAUAAUACUUGUCUUGAGACGAGUAGGAGUCUUUAUGAGUCUCCUUUUUGUUUUGUAAUCGAAACCCGACUAGUCAUGUUGCAUUUUGAGGGGCUUCUGAUCUGUACGUUAACAUUUGUUACAUACAUACUGUUCUACAUACAUACAUCAUAAUCUCAAGAUAACAGCUAAGUAUGAGCAUUGUUUGUCAUUUAAUUUAAUUGUAAUGAGUGAAAACCUUAUGGCUGCUCUCGUCUUCCGUACUCAUGUUUAAUUUGCACACUUUAUUUUAUUUUUGCAUUUCAAGUGUUAUAUGGUUGAACUGGAGGAUUAAGUUUGUAUCUGAAGGGAAACUCUGAUGUGUCACAUGGUUUAUUUUUUUAUUUUAUUUUUUGACAGCAUCACAGAGCAUUCAGAGCUCAUGUUCAGUCAGUCCUGUAGUGCCUUGCUCAGAGGCAGCAGAGACAGUUUCCCUUCAGAGUCAAACACAGUGACACUAAACGGUGUCCUGCUGCAAACAUUUAAUGAGUGUGUGUGUGUGUGUUUGUGAACGUGUGUGUACGUAUGACCCUGGUUACAAUUAUUAAAAGUUGCCAAUUUUAGGAUGUAGCUUGAAAAAAGAAAAAAAGAGAAAAAAACCUGUGGUAUUCUCAAAGUGUUCACAGAGAGAAUGUUGUAUGGAAGAAAAAUAAUGCUGAGUGUCCAAAAAACAAAAACCUCUAAAAAAUGUUUAAAAAAUGUAAAGAAAAUGUUAAUACAAAAACAUGUAAAAGUGUAAAUGAUGUACAAAAAAAAUCUGUUAAUAGUUCUUUGUAGAUAUUCAGUUAUUUAUUAUCUUUUUGUCACCUGUACUGAAAAAAGAAAAUCUUAUAAAAAACUUAUUUUUAA